AUGAGAAAAAAACUUGAGAAGUUCUUAGAGAUUUUCAGAAAGUUAGAAAUUAACAUUCCAUUCUCUGAGGCACUUGAGCCGAUGCCCAUCUAUGCAAAAUUCAUGAAGGAUAUCAUCUCCAAGAAAUGCAUCAUUGACACUGAAACUUAUAGUGCUAUUUUGCGGGGUAUGAAGAUCCCAGUAAAAAAGAAAGAUAGAGGUUUUGUCACCAUUCCAUGCACCAUUGGAGAUAGAUCAUUCAAAAAGGCACUUAUUGAUUUGGGAGCUUGUGUGAGUCUUAUGCCUUUGUCCAUUUACAGGAAGUUGGGAAUAAGAACAAUUCAAGAUACCAGGACGACACUCCAAAUUGCAUAUCACUCAGUGAAGAGACCUUAUGGUGUAGUUGAAGAUGUUCUGGUUAAGAUAGAUAAAUUUGUGUUCCCUGUUGAUUUUGUGAUUCUUGAGAUGCCUAAAGAUGAAGAGAUCCCUCUUAUUCUACGAAGAUCUUUCCUAGAAACAGGGAGAUGUGUGAUAGACAUUAAGGAAGGAACCAUGACCCUCAAAGUUUAUGAUAAAGAGCUAAAAAUUGAUGUGAGAAGCACCAUGAAACACAAAGAAGACAUAGGGACAAGUAAUGCAGUGGAAGUGAUAGAUAAAAUGGUAGUAAAAGUUAUUCCGAGCCAAGUCCCUAAGUUGCCUUUGGAAAGAGUUCUUAGUUUGUCCGCCCAAGAAAUAGAGGAUAAUGAGGAUGCAAGAGAGAAGGAAAUGCUUGCCUUGUUGGAUGUGCAACCACCUUGGUUGAAAUCCAAACCACGCCGGUGGGAGGAUUUAAGAGCUCCACGGGGAACCGAGACAAAAAAGGAAGAUGAAGCAGGUACAGGUGCAAAAUUAAAACAAUUACCUGAAAAUCUGAAGUAUGUCUUUUUGGAUGCUUGA